CUUGCUAUAUUAGAGAGAUGCCACCCACAGCUGCACCUGACAAUUUACAGCGCCAGCGCCUCUGAGAGAGAAGGAGAGGCACCCUGACCCAAGCAUCACUCUGGCUCUCUGGAAUUUACAGCUUUUACAUGCUUGUCUUUUUAUUUUGAAUUUAUGACCUGCAUACCGCCUCCUGCUAGCUCAGCACUUACUUUUUCUUCCUCCUUCUUAUUUACUGUUCACGCCAUAUUUUAUAUUGGAGAGUUUCUCUAAUUAAUUCCAUCAACUAUCGUUUUUACUAAUCUGGAUUUAUUCUCGGCGAACAAACAAAACAGAGCAAAAACAAAGUAAAUGGAGUGACUGUCACUCGGGGCAGUUUUGAGAGUGCGUUCCCAUCGUGAUGCGAAUGGUCAUGACCACACUGAGUCUUGAGUCAACCACCCAUUGCUUUCCAUGAAGCGGUUUGGCAGCCUAAGGAGGAGCAAGAAACGAAAAGAGCAGGAUGGGCUAGAAGGGAGGCAUCCGUCCGAGGCUUCGUGUCUGGCCGCUUCUGGGUUCUCCACACCUCCCACCACUCCGACCCAGGCAUUGAACCAGCCUGUGUUCAGCCAGGAGGCCCAGCAGCAAAGCGGCCCCAGCCCAGAACGCCUGGAGCCCGGUACCCUAGCCCGCUCCCUGUCCACGCCUCCGGACACAGGACAGCGCUUCAGCCUUCCCCACACCAAACCCCCGAUCCCAUCAACCAGCCCUGUGCCACCCAUCUCUACCUCACAACAUGUCUACGGCUUAUUCGAAGGUAUGCUGGAGAAACUUGAACUAGACGAUGAUGCUGCUGAACCCGAGAGUGAUAUUUACAUGCGCUUUAUGAAAUCCCACAAGUGCUACGACAUCGUCCCCACAAGCUCCAAGCUGGUCGUGUUUGACACAGCGCUUCAAGUUAAGAAGGCAUUCUUUGCCUUGGUGGCUAACGGUGUCCGAGCUGCUCCUCUAUGGGACACAGAGAAGCAAAGCUUUGUGGGAAUGCUGACAAUCACAGAUUUCAUCAUCAUACUGCACAGAUACUAUAAGUCACCGAUGGUGCAAAUUUAUGAGUUGGAGGAACACAAGCUUGAAACUUGGAGAGAGGUUUAUCUUCAAGCAACGUUUAAACCUCUUGUGAACAUAUCACCGGAUGCAAGUCUGUUUGAUGCAGUGUACACCCUCAUCAAAAAUAAAAUUCACCGCCUGCCUGUCAUCGACCCUGUUACAGGGAAUGCACUUUAUAUUCUGACGCACAAGCGGAUCCUAAAGUUCCUCCAGCUGUUUGUGUGUGAAAUGCCAAAGCCAGCGUUCAUGAAGCAGACCCUAGGUGAGCUCGGCAUCGGGACGUACCAUGAAAUCGCUUUCAUCCACCCAGACACGCCUAUCAUUAAAGCCCUCAACAUCUUCGUGGAGAGACGGGUGUCUGCUCUCCCUGUGGUGGAUGACUCGGGCAAAGUUGUGGAUAUUUAUUCCAAAUUCGAUGUGAUUAACUUGGCCGCAGAGAAGACGUACAAUAACUUGGACAUCACGGUGACGCAGGCUCUGAAACAUCGCUCGCAGUACUUCGAAGGAGUUGUUAAGUGCCACAAAAUGGAAACAAUGGAGACCAUUGUGGACAGAAUAGUCAAAGCAGAAGUUCAUCGGCUGGUGGUGGUUGAUGAGCGCUCCAGCAUCGAGGGCAUCGUUUCCCUUUCAGACAUCCUCCAGGCACUGGUGCUCAGCCCAGCAGAUGCCUGUAAGGAGGAGAAUCUUACUGAAUGAGUUUGUGGUGCAUCAGCUUUUGUAAUGGAAGUGAGUGAACUUACGUUUAAGGUUUGAUUGUGCGAAGCCGGCGUGGAAGUCCUGGAGACCGUCACCAUCAGCGGGGCUGUAGCGGCUCUGAAAGGCCUGAUGCAGCUGAGUGAAGUGGAUUUUUUUUUUUUUUGCACUGACGAAUGAGUUUUCUUUACUUUCUUCCAGUUUGUUUAAACACUGAUCAGAUGCAAACACAUUAAAGAUAUAUUAUAAAGUAUAUGCAAACACAUGCAUACCGUAUGGGGGAAGUGGAGGAUGUUUUCUGAUGGGUCUGGGUUUCAACUAGUUACAGUCAUGCAGCUCUCGUCAGAUUUAAAGUCACACUUCAGCAUCCGUAAAGCAACUCAUUUCAGUUGUGAAGCUAUAUUUCUACCCACAGAGAUUGGACGACUGCUGUCAUUAGGAGAAUAAUGGCCAGUGCCAACAUAACUUCGCUCAACGCCCAAUUAUCCGUGCCUUUUUGCGUCCCUCGCGCCCCACUUCACUGUGGUCCUUUUUGAGUUUACGGUUUCAAAUGAAAGCUGUAGUUUCAGCAUGUUGCUGCAAUAAAGAAAAACACAGCUGACAUUUUCAACCCCACGCUCCAGAGGCUGUCUUUCAUUUAGUUGGGUUAUUAAAAAACUUGUUUUAAUGAAAGGAUUUCUGGAAAAUCAGACAAGAAGAGGAAGUGUAACAUUUUUGGAGCAUUGGUUUGGUUUCUCGCUGUCGGCAUGACUUCAGAGUGCUUUUUUUUUUUUGUAAUGAAAAUAUAAGAUUGAAAAUGUAUUUUUAGGGGUUUGAAGACAUUUUUACAGUGUAUCCCCAGUUGUUUGGAGGCUUCACACAAACGUGCUUGUGUGUUUCAUCUGGAUUUCAACAGGACUCAUCUCCGUCUUCUGUAAAUGAGAUUGUUCUCAGAAACCAUGUCACAGAAAGCUUUAUUUUUAUGAAUGUGUUAACGAGUCUAAAGAUACUUCAGUUUUAAUGUUAUUUUUGUAAAUAUAUUGUGGCAAUAUGUCUAAUACAGAGAAACUUUGUAUUGAAUCAACAUGUACUGUAAAUGUGCAAAGCAUGACAAACUACACUUCAGCAGAAUGAAUGUUCUUUGUUUUACUUUUUCUAUUUUUCUGGCUGCAGAAAAAUAAACAGACACUGAAUGUACUCUAAA